CGUCCGCUCCGCCCGCCCGAAGCGCCGAGGAGCCUAGCGGAGACCCGCCGCCCUCCUCCUCCAUGAGGCCUGAGUGAGCGCCGCGGCGAGAGCCGGUCCGCGGCGCCUCCCCUCGUGUCCUCUCCUGAGCGCAGCAGCAGCGGCCCCCGGAGGAGGAGGAGGAGCAUGUCGGACGGUUUCGACCGGGCCCCAGGUGCUGGUCGGGGCCGGAGCCGGGGCCUGGGCCGCGGAGGGGGCGGGCCUGAGGGCGCUGGUUUCCCGAACGGAGCGGGGCCUGCUGAGCGGCCGCGGCACCAGCCGCCGCCGCCGCCUCAACCCAAAGCUCCGGGCUUCCUGCAGCCGCCGCCGCUGCGCCAGCCCAGGACGGCCCCGCCGCCAGGGGCCCAGUGCGAGGUCCCCGCCGGCCCCCAGCGGCCUGCCCGGCCCGGGGCGCUCCCAGAACAAACGAGGCCCCUGAGAGCUCCAUCUAGUUCGCCGGAUAACAUCCCACAGCAGAAUUCCGAGUCAGCAAUGGCUAAACCCCAGGUGGUUGUAGCUCCUGUAUUAAUGUCUAAGCUGUCUGUAAACGCCCCUGAAUUCUACCCAUCAAGUUAUUCUUCUAAUUAUACAGAAUCCUAUGAGGAUGGCUGUGAGGAUUAUCCUACUUUAUCAGAAUAUGUUCAGGAUUUUUUGAAUCAUCUUACAGAACAGCCUGGCAGUUUUGAAACUGAAAUUGGACAGUUUGCAGAGACCCUGAAUGGCUGGGUUACAACAGAUGAUGCUUUGCAAGAACUUGUGGAACUCAUCUAUCAACAGGCCACAUCUAUCCCCAAUUUCUCUUACAUGGGAGCACGGCUCUGUAACUACCUGUCCCAUCAUCUGACAAUUAGCCCACAGAGUGGCAACUUUCGCCAAUUGCUACUUCAAAGAUGUCGGACUGAAUAUGAAGUUAAAGAUCAAGCUGCAAAAGGGGAUGAAGUGACUCGAAAACGAUUCCAUGCAUUUGUACUCUUUCUGGGAGAACUCUAUCUUAACCUGGAGAUUAAAGGGACAAAUGGACAGGUUACAAGGGCAGACAUUCUUCAGACCGGUCUUCGGGAGUUGCUGAAUGCCCUCUUCUCUAAUCCUAUGGAUGACAACUUAAUCUGUGCAGUAAAAUUACUGAAGUUGACAGGGUCAGUUUUAGAAGAUGCCUGGAAGGAAAAAGGAAAGACUGACAUGGAAGAAAUUAUUCAGAGAAUUGAAAAUGUUGUCCUAGAUGCAAAUUGCAGCAGAGAUGUAAAACAGAUGCUUUUGAAGCUUGUAGAACUCCGGUCAAGUAACUGGGGUAGAGUCCAUGCAGCUUCAACAUACAGGGAAGCAACACCUGAAAAUGAUCCUAAUUAUUUUAUGAAUGAGCCAACAUUUUAUACAUCUGAUGGUGUUCCUUUCACUGCAGCUGAUCCAGAUUACCAAGAGAAAUAUCAAGAGUUACUUGAAAGAGAAGACUUUUUUCCAGAUUAUGAAGAAAAUGGAACAGAUUUAUCAGGGGGUGGUGAUCCGUACUUGGAUGAUAUUGAUGAUGAGAUGGACCCAGAGAUAGAAGAAGCUUAUGAAAAGUUUUGUUUGGAAUCAGAGCGUAAGCGAAAACAGUAAAGUUAAAUUUCAGCGUAUCCGUUUUAUAAAGCAGUUCAGGUUAUGGUGAUUUAGCAGAACACAGGAAAGCAAGAAAAUGUGUCACACUUAUACCAAAUUAAGGAUGUUGAGUUAUGAUACUAAUGUAUGCAACUUUAAUUUUGUUUAACACUCUCUGCCAAAAUAAACUUUAUUCCCUAUAACUUAAAAUGUGUAUAUAUAUAUAAUAGUUUAUUAUGUACAGUUAAUUCCACUGUUUUGGCUGCAAUAAAAUCGAUUUUGAAAAAAAU